CUCUUCUAGAUAGUAAUGCACUAUCAUGUUCAAUAAGUAACUAAAAGGGUGCUGUUCAAACAAGUACUUUUCUUCUGUAACUAGGCUACUAGGCCUAGUAAUUGAGUUUUAGGCACAGGUCUAAAUGUCGAAAUUAGGUAAAACAGCUGUUUAAUUUACUUUUCUGAAGUUAAAUGUCAUUCUUUUUAAUCUAGGAUGUAGGCUAAUCUAUUUUAGGACAAAUAUGUUUCCAACUGGAAUUUGUGGUACAGUUGAUAUACAGGGUGUUACAGAACUUCUACGUAGAACAUUGCAGUCACCUGCUACAAGUAAUGAAUUGGUUUUACCUACAAGUGUUAUGUGUAGUGGGUGUUCAAGUUGUUUGAUUGUGUUAGAAUUAACAAUUCAGAAAUUGUGUUGUUUUUAGUUCGACAUGGGGUUUAAACAUUUUUUUCUUUGUGUAUAAAAUGUGGCACCUAUUAUCCUCUAGCUGAGGAUAAACUGUUGUUUUAGAGCCAAGUUAUAUUCUCUGUUUAAGUAAAUACUCCGUAAGUUUCUAUUUUUCUUUUUCUUUAUUAUUUAAUUUUAGUUAUGUUUAAAAUUGUAUUACUUUAAUUCUUUUAUUGGUCGGUUGGCCACUUAUCGAACAUCAGAUCACGUACGAACUUUGGAUAGAACAGAAACAAGCACUCAUGUGAUAUGAGCUUGUAUUUAGGUAAUAUCUCCAGGACAUAUUCCUUUUUUUGUCAUAACAGCGGGGUGGCGCCAAAGGCAACAACGAAGCCUACACUGAUGGCCAGGGACAUUUCCAACAUAAUGGUGGCAUGAGAGGUAGGGAGGGAUGCCCAGUAAACCGGUAAUGGUCAACACUACUGGUUACCUACCACUCAACUACCGCCAGUCCAAGGGGUUUGUGGUCCGGAUACCAUUCGAGAAGCUAGCCUGGAGUACCUGUCUACUGCCUCUCAGCAGCUUCGUCUUCUGUGUCAUCUGGUCACUGCUCUACAACUUUGACGACUCCACUUUUACACAUUGCAAGGUGCCCAACUUCUUGCCAUCGAUCUCAGCAGCGAUCGGAAACUACCGCACGCAGAGGUUCGUGUGGGGUACAGCCAUCGCUGUCCAUGCAGGACCCAGGUUCCUCUUCACAUCCAUGUACCGUCAGUACUACAAGGACAUACUCAACAAUGGAGCCCAGAAGUUGGCGUCUGUCGCUUGUUUCCUCAAUGUCGUCGAGAACGUUGCACUUAUUGGCCUAACAUUUAUUCCAUCUGCUUAUAAUUACGCAAUCCAUGAGAAGUGCUUUAUGACGUUCAUGCUGACAUCAGAGCUGUACAUGGUGCUGACUUGUGUUCUGCUGACGAGGUACAGAGCCCAACCCCCCUCCAAUGUCGAGAGCAAGUCUCUACGUCUCAAGUACCAGCUGUUGGCCAUCAACAUGGUCUCUUUCGCUCUAGCCGGCUACUUCUUCAUCCGGCAUAACCUCUACUGUGAGCCUGGAGUGUACUCGCUGUUUGCUUUGUGCGAGUACGUGGUGGUGUUAACCAACAUGGCGUUCCAUAUGACAGCCUCCUGGGACUUUCAUGGACGACAGAUUACCAUCGAUCAGUACGGGCUGGACAUCAGCUGACGGGUGCCACUACUGGGGCCGGAGUCGGGAUAACAGACAGCCUCCUCCGGGUCUGAGACAUCGUCUAACCCGGACAUCUCGCCAGAGAGUGUGGCCGGCUAUGACCCGGAGUUUGUGAGACUGCCAGAGCAGCGUCCACGGGUGCUCGCCAACUAUCCUGCCACUCCGGACAUUUAUGUCACUUUCCUGGACCCUCUGCAGUACGGUCUGCCCGCCACCACCGCACACGAGUGGUACCUGGCCCACCCGCCCCACCCCCACCACUGGCCGUACUACUCGCAGAAACAUUUUGUCAUCUCUGUACUUAACUCCUGAUAUUGCCCCUUUGCCAGGGAAUACGGUGUCAUGCUUUGAAUGUAGGCUUGACUGUUCCACGUUUAGUUCGUUCCAUCUUGACCAACAGGCUGUAAGAUUCUUUUGUAGUCCUGUAGAUAUCUGAGAAUUAUUUAUUUUACUACGAGUAUUUUUCAUAUAAAAUUGAACUAAGGUAUUGUAGUUUUACGACUUUGGAAAGUUCAGUAUUCGUGUAGUAGAUUUAGUUGUCGAGAGAAUAGUGUUUAAGUCAAUGUUUAAAACUUGAUUUACUUCCAUGUUUUUGGGUCGUCUCAAAUGGGUCUGAUUUUUAAAAUGGUGAAUAGUUUAUUAUUUGGACCAAUAAAUACAAGCAUUGAUAAAUUAAAAAAUAAAUGGUUAAUUUAUUAUUAAAAUUCUGCCAUGGGUACAUUCUGUUUGUUGAAUGGAUACUUAUUGUUUUCACUGCAUAACAUUUAUUUUUAUCUUUCUGAUUCAGAUUUUACUUUAGAUGUUAGUAUAAAGACUUAUUAUAAGAAUUACUGUACUAAAGUAUUUAUCCAUUGUCUUUGUUUCUGUUCUAUGUUACAUACACAUAAUACUGUGUAAUUCUUUAUAUAUCGCCUGUAUAAUUAAUAAAAAUCAUAAAUAACAGGAACUUACUAUAAAUAGUUUUCAGAAUGGUACUUAGGAUGAAUGGCAUUCCUGAUUUUAAAAAUCUCAAUAGUUUUAUGCAUGGACUGUAAAAACAAUUAGUGUGGUUGUAAUAAAGUACGACAUAAAAAUGUUGUGGCAAAUAUAUAAAUUUGUAUUUGAUGUCAAAUUUCUUUCAAUUCAGUUGAAACUUCUUUAUUCGUGCAGUGACGAAAUUUACGUUAUCUAAAAACAGCUUACCAGUUUGUAUUACAGGAUUUGGUACCUCAAAAGAUUUCCAGGGAAUAUAAAAUGCAAUUUAAUAAACUCUAAGGAACCUGGUUUAAAUAAACCUACAACGUAAAUUAUAUAGAAAUAAGGAAUAUUGCAUGGAAUAUACGUCCUUGUUUACUAAUUAACUUUAUAUUUAAAAAUAAUAUAUUGAUUUGAUUUCUGAAUCAGAAAGAGGCAAGUAUUUUUAAUUUCAAAUUAUGAAAUGUUCCAAAAAAUCCGUCAUUGAAUAGCAUGUAAAAAUUAGUCCAAGUAAAUGUAACUGUUUGGGUUGUUUUAAAAGUUUCAAGUGUAAGUAAGUAUAAUCGUUUGCGAGCCAUAGUAAGGGUAAGGUAAUGUUUUAAGAUUAUACAAGCAAAGUAAUCAAUAUUAUACAUAAUUCUAUAUAACCCAAUUGUAUAUUUAUUGGUUUAAUUUACCAAUACUCUUUUAGAAUUUGUUUUCCACGGUUUGUUACUCAUUGCUCAUUUUAUUCUAUGCCAGUUGUUGUCUUCCAAUAUUUUAAUCGUAAUAAGUUUCGCUUUGUAUAGGCUAACUAUAACAGAGUCGUCGACACUCAGUUUCACAUGUGAUGUGGUACAGUAUGUGAUAGAUUGUCCCACCUGCAGGUGGGGUGUGUGUUCCUUCCGAUUGCGUAUUGUAGAUUUGUAAGUAUUUGCGAGUGAUUUCACACUAAGCAGACAGAUUGCGUUGGUAUUUGUUUCGUGCUGUAUUAUAGUGUUAUAUUUCAGUGAUGCCGGAAGCCUGAGGGUUUUUUUUAUUAAUAGUUAUAUUUGUAGAGUGCAAUUGUUUUUUUUCUACUGAUUGUUACGAAGGAUUCCUCGAAGGAAUCACUUGAUGAAAAUGAGGGGUUUUCACUAAAAUUUGGUAACAUUGUUUGUAUGGUUGUUCAGUUUGAAUAAAACUUUGUGCUACUGAUACACACUAGUUGUGGUUAAAAUAUGAAAGGUUAAAAGAUGAAAAAUCCAAAAUUACACUUUACAAUUUUUAAAAUUUGAAGUUUUUUAAAAAUAUAUUUGAAUGGAGUUUGAAGUUGAAAGUUUGCUGUUUGUUGAAUCUAAAAGGGGACUACUAAUUAAUUUAAAUAAAUAAUGAAAAGGCUACAAAAUUUAAAGAUUUUUAGUUUCUAUUGUCAAAAAAAAUUACAAACAUUUUGAUUUUGUUUUCUUUUUAAGUGAGGAAGAGCCCUCAAAAUUUGAAAAAGUGAUUACGACAACCUGAAAAUAUUCCAAAUAGUUCAAUAGUAUGUAUACUAUCUCAUUUUAUCACAGAUUAAAUAUUGUUUUAUGAUUUUUAGCAACAUAAUCCUAUAGUCUCAUGUAGAUAGUGAGAAGAAUCUUCAUAAAAUAAAAAUGUUCAGUACAAUUAAAAGCAAUAAAACUACAGCUCAGUUUGUAAUGAUAGGUUCUGAUAACCAUUUAUGUAAUUUGGUUUAAUGAGGCCAAAUUAUUUGAUGUUGUACGUGCUUUCAUAUGCAGACAAAAUACCAUCAAUUUUUACUCUGUAAGAAGAAAAAAUUGGUUUAAAAAACCAAAUUGAUUACUGCGACUAUUUUUUCCAUAAGCAAUUAGCCCUCUGAUCAAAAUCUACCUCUUAUGGAAAUAGAAUAACCUAAUACAAUUGAAAGAAUUGUGUUUACACUUCUUCAAGUAAUUUCAGUUCUUAAUGGCAUAUUAUUUUCAAGUAAUGUGCUAUGACAUUUUUGAUAAAUAAGAAUAAUAUAUGUAUGAAAUAAUAUGUAUUCAUGUUCACAAAGAAAUUAAGAAUUUUGUUUUGUUUCACAAUAUUAAUUGUUUAUUUAAAUAAAUAUUUUGCAUUAUGUAGGAGCAUAGAAACGUUAUAAAUUGUGAUGAGACAACAUGUGAUAAGU